GAUAGUUUCGUGCGGUCACACUUUAAUCAGCCCAGCGUUUAUUGGCUUUUUUGGCGUGGAAAACUGCGAAUAUAAUUGACAAAAAGCCCACAAAAGUGCCGCACAAUGAACUCCCUGGGUCCUAAGAAGGACGGAAGUCCGAAUAUAGACUUUUUCCAGUCCCCGGAGACACUGCAGGGCUUCGAAUCGAUUCGCCAGUGGCUGCAGAAGAACUGCAAGAAGUAUUUGGCCCACAGCUCAGAGCCCAUCACGAAGGAGUCCUUAUCGCAACUUUUAGUCCAUUUCCUGCAAUAUGUGGAGGCCAAGCUCGGCAAGAAUUCAGCGGAGCCGCCGGCGACCAGAAUUCCGAUGCGAUGCUUCCUCGACUUCAAGAGCGGUGGCGGCCUGUGUAUCAUCUUCUCGACUAUGUUCCGCUUUCGUGCCGAGCAGCGCGGCAAGAAGUUUGACUUCUCCAUUGGCAAGAAUCCUACGCGGAAAGACCCAAACAUCCAGCUGUUGAUCGAAAUCGAGCAGGCGCUGGUGGAGGCGGACCUCUACCGAAUUCCUUAUAUUUACAUCAGGCCGGAGAUCGAGAAGGGCUUUGAGGGACGACUGCGCGAGAUUCUAGACAACAGGAGGGUGGAGAUCGUUUCGGACGAGGAGGAUGCUACCCACAUCGUCUACCCCAUCGUGGAUCCGCAUCCCGACGAGUACGCCCGUCCCAUUUUUAAGCGCGGAGGCCAUGUAAUGCUGCACUGGUAUUACUUUCCGGAGUCCUAUGAUUCUUGGGCUGUGAACAACUUCGACCUUCCGGAUCACAUUCCGGAGAAUCCCGAGUCGCCGGCGGAGCGCUGGAGGGUGUCUGCCUCCUGGAUCUUAGACCUGGAGCAGUACAACGAGUGGAUGGCAGAGGAAGACUACGAGGUGGAUGAGCAAGGAAAAAAAAAGACGCACAAGCAGCGUAUGUCCAUCGACGAUAUAAUGUCCUUUGGGGACGAGAAGAAGAAGCCCGCUACCAGCUCAGGUGGGGGCAAGACGAAGCGUCGCCGCUCGCCAUCGCCAGCUACCUCUGCGUCCACCUCCAAGCCGGGUAAGCGUAAGCGAUCGCCCGCCGUGGUGCACAAAAAGUCGCGCAACGACGACGACGAUGAGGAUCUGACCCGCGAUCUGGACGACCCACCGGCCGAGCCGAACGUCCAAGAGGUGCAUAAGGCCAACGCCGCUCUGCAGUCGACCGCCAGUCCAGCUCCGGGCGGCAAAUCCAGAGGCGACAACGACAUGAUGCCUAUUAAGGGUGGCACUAUGACCGAUCUGGACGACGAAAUGACUGGAGGAAGCGCUGCUCAAGCCAUGUCCACCGGCGAUGGCGACAACUCUCAGACGGGCAAGACAAGUGAUAACAGCAACACGCAGGAGUUCUCUUCGUCAGUCAAAGAGGACAUGGAGGAUAAUGUGACCGAGCAAACGCACCACAUUAUUGUGCCCUCAUACUCUGCCUGGUUCGAUUACAACUCUAUCCACGUGAUCGAGAAGCGGGCCAUGCCAGAGUUUUUCAACAGCAAGAACAAGUCUAAGACACCGGAAAUCUACAUGGCGUACAGAAACUUUAUGAUAGAUACUUACAGGCUCAAUCCAACCGAGUAUUUAACUAGUACUGCCUGCAGACGGAAUCUGGCUGGAGACGUGUGUGCCAUUAUGCGAGUGCACGCGUUUUUGGAGCAAUGGGGCCUGAUUAACUACCAGAUCGACGCUGAUCUACGACCAACGCCUAUGGGGCCGCCUCCUACUUCCCAUUUCCACAUCCUUUCGGACACACCGUCGGGCUUGCAGGCCAUAAAUCCACAAAAAACGCAGCAGCCGUCGGCGGCCAAGACGCUGUUGGACCUAGACAAGAAGCCACUGGGCAAGGACGGUGGCUUGGAGCUGAGCGAUAAGGGUGGUCUGACUGGCAUUAAGACAGAGGCUUUGGAAAACGGGGGCGGUGCCGGUGGAUUGAGUUCUGGUGUGAGCCAAUUUGGUCUAAAGUUGGAUCAAUACGCCAAAAAGCCAGCGGCCAUGAGGAACCGCACUGCUGCCAGCAUGGCUCGAGAGUGGACCGACCAGGAGACACUGCUUCUGCUCGAGGGCUUGGAGAUGCACAAAGACGAUUGGAACAAGGUCUGCGAGCACGUGGGCUCCCGUACCCAAGACGAGUGCAUCUUGCACUUCCUGAGGCUUCCUAUCGAGGACCCAUAUCUAGAGGAUGAUGGAGGUUUUCUAGGUCCCCUGGGCUGCCAACCGAUUCCGUUUAGCAAGAGCGGCAAUCCCAUUAUGUCCACCGUGGCAUUCCUGGCAUCUGUGGUCGAUCCUCGCGUGGCUGCAGCUGCUGCUAAGGCUGCAAUGGAGGAAUUCGCAGCCAUCAAGGAUGAGGUGCCCGCGACUAUAAUGGACAACCACAUGAAAAACGUGGAGAAGGCCUCUGCAGGCGGCAAAUUUAAUCCAAACUUCGGACUGGCCAACAGCGGAAUUGCUGGAACUGGCAACGACAAGGAGGAUGAGGAAGGCAAGGAGGGAGCCGCCUCUGCAUCCGCUGGGGGUUCUGAUGAGGAAAUGAAGGAUUUAAGCAAGAAAGACGACGAUGCCAAGUCCAAAGACAAAACGAAAUCGGAUAAGACCAACACGAACACAGACUCGAGUUCUACAUCAUCAUCAGCGACAGGCAACACCAACAACACCGACAAGAAACAAAAGGAGUCAUCCGGCUCCUCGCCUACGGGCGACAAGUCAGCCAUCAAGUCAGACAAAUCAAACAAAUCCUCACCCACAGACCCAGCAUCUUCCGCCAGUGGAGGCGAUGUGGACAUCAAGACGGAGGACAGCAGUGGCGACGGCGAGACCAAGGACGGUAGCGAGGCCAAGGAAGGAUCGGGAUCAGCCUCAGGCACCGCGGGCAAGGAUGGAACCUUUAGCGAAAACAACAUGCAGACGGCGGCUGCGGCAGCUUUGGCAUCGGCGGCCGUUAAGGCUAAACACUUGGCCGCCCUCGAGGAGCGCAAGAUUAAGUCCCUAGUGGCGCUGCUCGUCGAGACACAGAUGAAAAAGCUGGAGAUCAAGCUUCGCCACUUCGAGGAGCUGGAAGCCACUAUGGAGCGAGAACGCGAGGGCUUGGAGUACCAGCGUCAACAGCUGAUCACAGAGCGCCAGCAAUUCCAUCUUGAGCAGCUGAAGGCGGCAGAGUUCCGUGCGCGCCAGCAGGCGCAUCACCGCCUGCAGCAAGAACUACAGGGUCAGGCGGCAGCUGCAGGAUCCAUGAUCCUCCAGCAGCAACAACAGCUGCCACAACAGCCGCAGCAGCAACAGCAAACCCUUCCCCCGCAUCCCCACCUGCCGCAGCAACAGCAACUUCCUCCACAUCCCCACCAGCUGCCACCUCAGUCCCAACCGCUGGCGGGUCCCACUGCCCAACAUCAGCCGCUGCCACCGCACAUAGUCGGAUCCGUAGCUACGCCUCCCAUGGCGCUCGGCGGUGGACCACAGCCCGGAGGUCCCACGGCCAUGAUCACAAACCCCAGCGAUCAGGGCGGACCAGCAGCAGCAGGAGCAUCACUAUCUCAGGCACCCACACCCAUGGAUACCACACCGCCGAGCAGCGUUCCAGUGGCAGAUGGCAGCGGCGCACCACCGGGAUCAGCAAUGCCCCCAUCCGCCAGCAUUCCUCCAGCGAGCACUGCUCCUGUCGCCGGUGGUGCUCCACCUUCUUAACUCCUACUUUUAGGCCAGAAAACUUUAAAGUAACUAGCUCUAAGUUGUACGCUCUCAGUAUGUAAUAUGUAUACUCCACUCUAAGCCCAACUCUUUGUGUAAUUUGAGGAGAUGGACUACAUCUUGACGCAUGUCCCGUUUCGUGUCCGUUCCCGUGAACAAGCAAUUGCACAAACAAUUUGAAUCAAGUUUCAAAGCCGUAAAAAUGGCAUUCAAUAAAAUCUAUUUAAAUAAACUAAA